AUUUCGUGUUUCUUGCUGGUCAAAAAACCCAUCUACCCCGCUCGUAGAUCGAAUAUUCCCCUGAAGUUCAUUCCAUCCAUCUAUCCACAGUUUCUUUACGGUUCAUCUAUAUUUCGAUCCUCUUUCCGCCGCUACAAUAUCAGGACAUAAUCAUGCUAUCUUGGAUUCAAAUCCGUUUACUCCCUCUCAUUUUUCUGCUAUCGACGCUCCUUGUGGCAGCAACCACGGCUUCUCCAUUAUCCCACAGAGCACAUUCAUAUGAACUCGUCGACGUCCGCCUUGUACGGCUCUGGGUAAACAUCACCGUCACGAAUCCCCAUACGAGAAUCGGCAACAUCGAAUACCAACUCCGCAACCCGAAAACCCAUACCGAAGUCGAAUUAUCCCUAACCAACAUCCAACCCGAUAAAGAAAUCUGGAUUUUAACCAUCGACACGCGGGGGUACUCCACCACGUUCGAAAACGGGGUGUGGAUGAAGGAGUUAUUCGAGUCGUUUACCAACGUGAGACCCAAUUCUGGGAUUCUACUAGGCCAACUCAAAGCCGAACCGGCAGGUCUGCAACAAGCAAAGACGAGGUUAUACGCUGCGUUGGAUAAGGUGCCGACGGAAGAAAUUGAUAUUCUGUAUAUCUAUGUCCUGCUAGCACGGAUCGCAACACAGGCAAGGGGGGCAGGGUUUACAUUUGGGAAUGAGGAUCCUGAGACGAUGAAGAAGCUUUAUUUACCAUAUAUGAAGGCGAUGAUGGAAGGCAAGGGGAGUGGUGCAUUGAGGUUGAUUACGGGUGUAAAUGAGGAGAACAAGUAUAGACAGGGUUUGGCGCGUUUGUUCAAUGUGUGAUAUAGGGUUUUUCUUCUUAAGCUCCAAUAAGUACUCUCGUGUGUUCUGCGGCGCUCGAUGGAUGAAUUAUGUAUAUACAUAUGUAUCAGAUACAGAGAGUUGAAAGCUCUUGCAAAUGAAUAACUAGAAGAAUCCCACGUCUUUCAGUAAACCAGACUUCGCUGUUUGUAGCUCGUUUCACCCGCCUUAUGUUCACUUUACUAUGUUUAACACGCCUCUAACACAACACAAUGUUGUCCAUUACAUACUCAUGAAGAGAUAAGGGAUGGAUUAAUAGCAAGGGAAAAUGCAUGGCAUGCGAUUAGGG